AUGAACCUCCGUAAAGGAGCUCGGCAAGACCGCCACGUGCUCGGCAUCGAUGAAACUGGCAGCGGCAAGACCGCUGCUUUCGCCCUCCCGAUCCUCCACCACCUGUCGGAGCACCCGUUUGUGGUUGUCGGCGGCAUGGACAUGCUUCAGCAAACCAAGGAGCUUGCUGCCAGGCCCCACGUCAUUAUUGCCACACUGGGGAGGAUCAAGGCCUUGCUCAAGAAUCCUGAUAUUCCUCUAGUUUUUGCUAGAACUAAGGUUAAUAGACCUGUGUUGGUUGAAAACACUUGCCUUUGUUUCAAUGCCUUGAAAGGUCUUCCAAGUUGGGGCUUACAUAACUUGGCUGAAUCUAUAGAUAAUGCGGGAUUACAUGAUUUAUUUCAAAAGUUUAGAAAUAUCUUGUCAAGCUUUGCGAAUUGCUUUGGUACUUCAAAUUGGUUUAGAGGGAGUGUUGAUAGUGAUACUGCUGAGAAGCCACGGGAACAAGGUAAUAGAAUUGAGGAUAAUAUUGAGGAUGAUAAUGAAGAUUAUGCUGUUUAUUGA